UCCAGUGCCUCAUGAAAAAGUGAAGAAGUCUAAAUAUUACUGAUUCUAUUCUAACUUAGGCUUCAGCCAAACAUCUAGAUCAUUCUUCUGCCUUCCUCUCCCUGAAAUUGAGAAGACAGCAUGGGAGGAAGGAACUCCACACCCAACCCCAGAAAGGACAGUCAAGGCAUCCUUUCCACAACAAUCCCAACGACAACCCCAACUACAGCCCUAACGACAACCCCAACUACAGCCCCACCAACAAGCCCUGUAGCCUGUCUCCAGAAACACGAUGAACAUUUAGUCUUGGCCUUCUUUGCUGGGAUUCUACUGACCUUGUUGCUGCUGGCCUUUGUCUUCCUCCUCCGAAGGAGCCACAGGAAAUGUCGCUCCAGUCCCAAGGCCUUGGAUCCUCACUCAGAUCCUCCAGCCAAGGUUUCCUCCACACCAGAUGAGUCACUCACCUAUGCCAGCAUGUUAUUCAAGAUCUCGGGAGAAAAGACUAAGAACCAUGCUACAAAAGCAGAAGCCACUGUCUACGCUCAGGUUAAGGCAGCAAACUCACCCCACCUUUCCAGUGAGAUUUGAAUCUGGCUCCUCUCGUCCCAGCUCCAUCUCUGCCUACUGUUUUCCCCCUGUGAAAAAAUUUGAACCACAGCCUAGCCUGGGUGAAACUGCAGUUGGGGUUGUGUAGGGAAGACCAGGCAAUGCAAGCAACAGUUCUGAGGACCAACAACCAGACUUUUUUCCUGGACAGAGAGGAGGUGCCUGACCUUCCCACUUGAACUCACAGCCUGUUAGACACUUGAAGACAACUGUUUCCCUUGAUGUGUGGAGUAAAGAACUCAGGGCACUAACAUCCACCAGCAUCAUUGAAAGGAAUCAGCCAAAUGAAUGAUCCACCAAGAAUUUCAAACAAACGCAAACUCUUCACAGUGAUGACUCCCUCAUCAUCUAUUUGUCUACCCUGUCACCUUCUUCAAAACCAGAAGUCCUGAGCUCAUCCAUAGCCAAAACAACCAGCACAGGUGCUGGUGUUCUGGAACAAGCUCAAGGUUGACUAGUGUCACAGGUCUCAUACUCUGCCACUCAUCAGUGGCCAUUCAUUUAUCCAAGUUGGUUAAAUACUUUUAAAGUCUCAAAUCCUUCAUCUUCGAAACAGGGACAAAAGCAUCUACCUCUUAAAAAGAAGAUUAAAUAAAAUAUUUCUAUACAUAAGCAUCCCAGAGUUUCACUCAACAAAUGUAAAGUCUCUAUUGCAUAAGAACUUUUCAAAUAUGGAUUUCUAUCUUCUUGCAACAGCACAAGAAAUAUGCAUGACAUUAGAUAAGGUUAAUGUUAAAUCCUCCAAAUCGCAGUGGAUAAUCACCUAAACAAUAUCAUGUAAAAUGCCAGUAAGAUUAUUUUUUUUCACUAGAAAAUAGUACUCUAAAGUUUCUAU